UUACAAAACAGAUUAAUAUGUAAAGAAUUUAUAUAUGUUCAUAAGACAAGUGUUGUAAUUUAUUAUUCUAUUGAAAAUAAAAUUUAAAAAUUAUAUAAUAUAAUUUAGUUUAUAUAUAUAAUUUAUAUAAUUUAAACGAUAAUUUAAAUAUAAUUAUUCUCUUUAAAAGUUUCAAAUAUUUAUUUUAUAGAAUAAUUAUAGAAAAUUUACGUAAUGAGUUACAUGCUAUGAAUUGAAAUAAAUUUUUUAAAUAAAAAAUUCUGAAAAAUUAAAAUUAAUUCAUAUUUAUAAAAUUUAAAAAAUAAAAUUUUAAAAAGUAUUUUAUACAAUGUUGCAUUAAAUAAAUAUUCAAUAUUAAAUUAAAUUUAUUUCAAUUAAUAGAUUAAUUUUGAUUAAUUAUAGCAUUUGAUAUAAAAAAUAAUAUGAAUUGUAUUUUGUUGACACGUGUAUAUAAUUCUUCAUUUACAAUACAAAGAAGUGCAAAUUUAAUUAGAAAUGAAUUUUUGGAUUAUUUUAAAAAAGAUUUGGAGCAUACUUUUAUUCGGUCAAGUCCUGUUAUAUCAUUUAAUGAUCAUACAAUUGCAUUUGUUAAUGCUGGCAUGAAUCAAUUUAAAGGGAUAUUUUUAGAUUAUUAUAAUUCACCUGUAACAAAAGUUACAAAUUCCCAAAAAUGUAUAAGAAUUAGUGGAAAACAUAAUGAUUUAAAUAUAGUUGGAAAUGAUAGUUAUCAUCAUACAUUUUUUGAAAUGUUAGGAAAUUGGUCUUUUGGAAGUUAUUUUAAAGAAGAAGCUUGUCGUUAUGCUUGGAAUUUAUUAACAAAACAUUAUGGUAUUAAGGAGGAAUUUUUAUAUGUAACAUAUUUUAAUGGAGAUGAAAAAUUAGAAUUGAAGCCUGAUUUAGAAUGUAAAGAAAUUUGGUUAAGUAUCGGAGUUAAGAAAGAUAAAAUUUUACCAUUUGGAUUACAAGAGAAUUUUUGGGAAAUGGGUAUUUCAGGACCAUGUGGACCAUGUACUGAAAUACAUGUAGAUCAUACAAAACAAUUGAAAAAUCGAUGUAUGCAAAUUAACAAAGGAUACAGAGAUCUCACAGAAUUGUGGAAUAUAGUUUUUAUACAAUAUGAACGAUUGCCAAGUGGUGCAAUAAUACCUCUAUCGAAACAUUAUGUUGAUACAGGCAUGGGAUUUGAAAGAUUAGUUGCAGUAUUACAAGGGAAACAAUCCAAUUAUGAUACAGAUAUUUUUCAACCAUUUUUUAAAGCUAUUCAAAAAUACACAAAAGCACCAGAAUAUAAAGGUACAUUUUAUAAUGAUAAUUCUCUUGAUAGUGGAUAUAGAAUUUUGGCAGACCACAGCAGAAUGAUUACUGUAUCAUUAGCAGAUGGAGUAAUACCAGAACAAAGCAAUAAACUUAAAAAAAUAAUAAGAAAAUCAAUUGAUGUAGGUGAAAAAGUAUUUAAAAAAGAGAGAAUACUUUCUGAAUUAUCUUACAUUGUUGUAGAAACUUUAGGUAAUAUUUAUCCAGAAUUGCAAAACAAUAUAAAAAAGAUACAAAAGAUAAUAGAACAUGAAGAAGAAUUAUAUAGGAGAUUAAAAGACACUUCUGAUAAACAAUGGAUAAAACUUAUUAAAACAUAUCCUCAAUUGAAGUCAAUUACUGAAUGGUUAUCUCCUGGUCUUGGAGAUGGAUAUAAAUAUCUUCAAAAGAUACUUAAUGAUUUAAAAAUAACUAAAGUAUUACCAGGAAGUGUUUCCUUUAAAUUAUAUGAUACAUAUGGAUUAAAUAUAGAAACGAUAAAAGAAUUGGCGGAAAUCGAAUGUUUAUAUUUUGAUGAAGUAGCUUUUUAUAAAGAAUUAGAGAAUUUAAAGAAUCGAUCAAGAAUUGGUCUUGAAAAAAGUAAUGUAACAGAUAUUAAAAAAUCGUUAGAAAUACUUGAAAAAAAUCAUGUACCUAAAACUGAUGACAGUUUUAAAUAUAAAUAUGUUUUUAAUGGAAAUAGUUAUGAGUUUCCUAAAAUUGAAAGUAAAAUUCUGGCAUUAAUUAUAAAUGAUAAUAUAAUAUUAAACAAAAUGAAUGAAAGUACAAUCAAAGAUAUAUGUUCAAUAACUAUUAAUAACAAAAUUACAAAUUAUAAUACAGAAUCAAAUAAAGAUGAAAUAGGAAUUAUAUUGGAUAAAACAGUUUGUUAUUCAGUAGAAGAUGGUCAGAUAUCAGAUAAAGGUUUUAUUUAUAUACAAAAUUUGAUUUUUAAUAUAAAUAAUGUGAAGAAAAUGAAUGGAUAUAUAAUACAUUAUGGAAAAUUUUCACAUUUUGAUUUAAGAAAAGACCUUGAGAAAUUAAAAAUAGGAGAUAAUUGUUUAGUCUCUAUUGAACCCAAAUUUCGUAUAGAAAUAAUGCAGCAUCAUACUGCAACACAUUUAUUACAUGCAGUAAUACAAAAAAUUAUGCAAGCAGUUUAUUUGCGUAAUUCUAUUGUUCUCCCAUAUGGUUUAAAGUGUCAAUUUAAUUCAUUUGGAGAAAAACUUUCUUUUAAACAAUUGAAAGAAAUUGAAGAAUUUAUAAAUACUAUUAUAAUAGCUAAUGUUCCAGUUACUACAAAAGUAUUAAAUGCCAUGGAAUUAUUAGCAGAAAAUUCUGUAAGAUUAAUACCAGGAAAGAUUUAUCCUUAUAGAGAUAUUAGAGUUAUAGAGAUUAAUUUCUCUGAUUUGAAAUCAAAAGAAACAUGUUGUGGUACACACAUUCUGAAAACAGCAGAACUAGAAUAUUUUUGUUUUCUUAAUUAUUCCUCAAAAGGAGCAUCAAAUUUUAUUCUUAAAGCAAUUGUAGGAUCACUUGCAAAAACUGCUAAAAUGGCAGGUAAAAAUAUGCAAUAUAAAGUUUUGGAUUUAGAAAAUAAAUUGAAAAAUGGAAAAAUUACAUAUGAAACAUUUAAAACAAUUAGUAAAGAGAUAGAGAAUGAAUUAAAAAAUGUGAUAGAUAUACCAAUACCAUAUCUUAUUAAAGAAGAAUGUUUAACAAAAUUAAAAGAUUUAAAUAAAAUUAUCCAUAUACAAAAAAAAGAAUCAAAAAAUAAGUAUUAUAAUAUUUCAAAGAAUAAAAAAGUGGAUUGAGACUUUUGAAUAUGAUCUAUAUAAACAGG